AUAGGGGAACAAUGCCAGAUAUUUCAACAUCUGUCACAGUGUUGCAACAUGCAUAUGAAUAUUACAAUAAAAAAAUUUGUUUUGGAUUAACUUGUAUUUUACAUUUACCGACCCCUUCAAAUUAAGAGACUUAUAAUUAACAAAUACACAAGCAAGGGGACAAUGUAUAAGGGGUGUGUCUUAAUACUGGUUUCUUAAGCUCACAGUUGGGUGGUGAUAAACACAUGUUUUACUACUUUGUGCUGCCUUCAUCUAAUCUCAGUCAGUUUCAGCCUCUCUGUGGCAAGCUCACAAAUCUGGGAUCACCAGAGGAACAAGAACAGUUUCAAGCUAAGCUGACCAAAUAUAAAACAAUGGUUAAGACUGUUGCAAUCAUUGGAGCUGGAAUCAGUGGACUGGGAGCUAUCAAAGCAUGCUUGGAAGAAGGUCUGGAACCUACUUGCUUUGAAAAAAGUGAUGACCUUGGAGGCCUUUGGAGGUUCACAGAUAAAGUGGAAGAUGGAAGAGCCAGCAUCUACCGGUCCCUGGUCACCAAUGUUUCUAAAGAAAUGAUGUGUCUCAGUGACUUUCCAAUGCCAGAUGAUUUUCCCAACUUCCUACCCAAUAGCAAAUAUUUAGAAUACAUCAAGUUGUAUGCUGAGAAUUUUAAACUGCUGAAAUACAUAAAAUUCAAGACAGCAGUUUGCAGAGUGGAGAAGACUUCCGACUUUUCUAUUACUGGGCAGUGGUUCGUUACUACAGAAACCGAUGGAGACAAAACGACAGACCUCUUUGAUGCAGUUAUGGUUUGUACUGGUCAACAUGCUCAACCCGUGUCCUCAACCAACACUAUUCCAGGUAUUGAAAAGUUUAAAGGACAAGUUCUACAUUGUCGAGAAUACAAGAAGCCAGUUGGGUUUGAUGGUAAAAGAAUAUUAAUAGUUGGCAUGGGGAACACUGGAGUUGAUAUAUCAACCGAGCUUUGUACACGAGCCUCACAGGUAUACCUUAGCAGCAGAAAAGGAGUAUGGGUUCUUCGGCGUCUGGGUAAAGGAGGAUUGCCUUUUGAUUUGAUAUUCAUUCGUCGCUACAAGACUUGGAUCCAAAACAUUUUGCCACCAGCUGUAUCCCGAUGGAUGAUUAAAAAAUAUAUGAAUGAUCAAUUUGACCAUGGAUUGUACAACAUAGAACCUCAGGGAAUAAAGUGGAAGGAACCUCUGGUGAAUGAAGAGUUUCCAAGCCGUGUUCUAUCUGGCUCAAUUAUUGUCAAGGAUGGAGUGACAGCAUUUACCGAGACAUCAGCCCAUUUUGAAGACAGUUCUGUUGUGGACAACCUUGAUGUUGUCAUACUUGCAACAGGAUAUAAAUACAGCUUCCCUUUUCUGGAUGACUCUGUUGUGAAGAUUGACGAAACCAAAGGAUCUUUGUACAAAAAGAUUAUUCCUUUGGGCAUAGAAAAGCCCACAAUAGGAUUCAUUUCCUUUAUUCUCCCAAUUGGACCAGUCAUGGUCAUUGCUGAACUUCAGUCUCGAUGGACUGCAAGACUUUUUAAAGGAUUACACAAACUUCCAAGUUCAGAAGAAAUGAAAGAAGAAAUGAAAAUGGAUGAAAAACAGAGAGAGAAAUGAUGGUUGCGGCAGCAUACCUGAAUGCCUUAUAUGGCCAACCCCAACCUGCCCCUCAUCCUCGAAGGCUACGGAGGAGUGCAAGUCCUAGUAACUUUCUUACCCGUGUCACCAUUUUUAGAAUGCCAGUUGAUGAAGUGGUGCCCCCUCAUGUCAUCCUAGAAACUCUCUCAAUAAUAGAGAGUGAUCUAGAGAGUACAAUUCAGCAUCCUACAUCAGUUCCACCACUGACACAAUUCAUUGCUGUCUUACAUUUGUGUGCCUCAGGGUCCUGCCAGCAUAUAGUUGGUGUCCUGGUAGGCGUCUCCCAGGUAGCAUUCUCAAGGAUCCUGAGGUUCAUCAUAGCUUCAUUCCUAAAAAGAACUAAGCAGUUCAUAACAAUGCCAUUAGUAACACAGUAACAUAGUAUCUGAGGUUGAAAAAAGACAAUUGUCCAUCGAGUUCAACCUAUUUGUGGUCUCCUAUGCAUGAUGAUUUGACUAAAAUUUCUGACUGAUGCUGCUGUCAGCCGUUGCAUUUUAUCCCUAUUUAUAGUAACUAUAAUGCAUGACUAUGCACCAUACCCCUGGAUAUCCUUAUCCAUUAGGAAUUUAUCUAACCCAUUCUUAAAGGUGUUGACAGAUUCCGUCAUUACAACUCCCUCAGGCAGGGAAUUCCAAACACGUAUUGUCCUUACCAUGAAAAAGCCUUUCUCCUCUAACCUGAGCGAGUGUCCACGAGUCCUCUGUGUUGAUCUAACCAAAAACAGGUCCCGCGCAAGCUCUGUGUAUUGUCCCCUUAUAUAUUUGUAGAUGUUGAUCAUAUCCCCUCUUAGUCUCCGCUUUUCCAAUGUAAACAUGCCUAGUCUUUCAAGCCUUUCCUUGUAUUCCAUCGUCAUUGGAUGUGGAGUCCCUAGCUGUGGUGAAGCAGAAAUUCCGUGAAGGGAGUCGCUUCCCACAUGUUGUUGUGGUAGUGGAGGGGACACACGUUCCACUUGUGGCACCAGCGCAUAAUGAAGAAAUCUUUAGGAACAGAAAAAUGUUCCACUCUUUGAAGGUGAUGGUUGAUUGUGGCCCAUCCCUCCAGAUCCUUUCCCGGAAUGCCCGGUACCCAGGAAGUGCCCAUGAUUCCCAUGUGAUUUGGCAAUCAGGUAUAUGCCAAAAAUUAAGUUUGUUGAAAGAACAAGACAUGUAGAUAUUGGAUUAGUUUGAGCCUCAUCAUGUAUUAAAGGUUAAGUUUAUUUGCUUUGUAA